AUGGGUUUUGUUAAAGUUGGAGACUUGCUUGAGCUGAAUCUGAAAACGUCUGCAAACGCAGUGAGAAGGGACAAUAAGCAACGGUUUAGCCUCGUUGAAGAGAACGGAGAGCUCUUGAUUCGCGCUAACCAAGGCCACUCUAUCACGACGGUUGAAUCCGACAAGUUACUUAAACCAAUAUUGUCACCAGAAGAAGCUCCAGUGUGUGUGCAUGGAACAUAUAAGAAGAAUUUGGAAUCCAUCUUAGCAUCUGGCCUAAAGCGUAUGAAUAGACUGCACGUUCACUUUUCUUGUGGCUUGCCAACGGAUGGUGAAGUGAUAAGUGGCAUGAGAAGGGAUGUUAACGUCCUAAUCUUCCUUGACAUCAAGAAAGCUCUUGAAGAUGGGAUUGCAUUCUACAUUUCAGACAACAAGGUGAUUUUGACUGAAGGUGUUGAUGGUGUAGUGGCUGUUGAUUACUUCCAAAAGAUUGAGUCUUGGCCUAGUCGGCAACCAAUUCCAUUCUGA